UGACUUGUGUGUAGUGACUGUAGUGUGUGCAAUGUGGAAUGUGUAUUGUGUGUGUGCUAUGUCUUGCGUUAGUGUGUGUGAAAGGGAUGUCCGAUUUUACAACUAUUUGGAAUUCCAAAUAUCUAUUUUGACUAUAGAAUGCAAAUCGUAGAAUUGAAUUCACUUCCAAACCCAAACAUUUUUACGGCACCAAACAUUAGAUUUGGAAUUGAGUCAUCUAUGGUAGCAAAUAGACCCUUUAAAGGAAUUUCCUAUUUUGUGGAUCAACAAUUGGAACAUUGGAAGUGUGCUAUCCACUUCUUGUUACACAAUAAGACAAAUCUUGAAAUGGGAGGCAAGUUUUUGAAUUCUUGAAAGCAUUGUAAUAAGCAAUCAUAAUUCAUUACAUAAUACUAUAAGACUUAUAAGUAGCCAGAAUUCAACUUAUAAGUAGCCAGAAUUCAUUCCUCAUCACCAUUCAAAGAACUUGAUCUUCUCUCUUAGCUUUCUAAAAUGGCUGCCUACGAAUAUUUCCCCUCUCCCCCUUUCCCCUUUGUCCACCCCGUCGCUCCUCCACCACCGCCUCAUGUCGUUCCUCCUCCACCUCACGUAGUUCCUUCUCCACCACCGCCUCAUGUCGUUCCGCCACCACCUCAUGUUCAUCCACCUCCAUUCCACCCCGUUGCACCUCCCCCUCGUGUUCCUCCACCUUCUCCGGAUAAUGCUCCUACCGUGGUCAUAGUGGUCUUCGCCUCGUUCGGAUGCUUCUUCUUCGCUGCCUUCUGCUGCUUCGCUCUUUGGUGCUUUAUCAAGAAGAGGAGAGAGAAGAAGACGGUGAAUGAGACGGAUAUCAUACGUACUGAUGAACAUAUAAGGGUGAAAGAGGCCAUAGUGCAAGGUCCGAAUGGGCCGGAGCUCGUCGUCCUGUCUAUUGAGGAUGACAAGCAUACUCAAGAAGAGAUCACCAAGAAUGAGAAGAUGGAAAUGAAGCACCUGCACACAUAUGCAAAAUCUGGAGAAAUUGAGGCUGGAAAUUCUUCUACAAUUUCUAGUACUCACCAAACUCAUAAUCUUUUGUAACACAAGCUCUGAAAGAAUGUAAUAAGAUGUGGCUGCUGCUAAAAUUUAUGGCUGCAAUAUUCAAAGUUUGAUGUGUAAGAAGUGGUUUUUAGUUGUUAUGCAAUAUACUAAUAAUUUAUUUUAA